AUGCGACCGCCGUGGCGCUGUGGUCGGCAAGCAACGGGAAGUGCUCUUGGCCCGACGGCGGCCUUGUCGGAUGAUCCCGUCCCCUGUCGGCCCCCACCCGAUUCGUGCCGCCGCGUGUUCGGACUUCUUCGCACAACGCUCGCCCUGAUGGUGAUGGUCUAUCACCUGCUCGCGUCGUUGCCGGAGAUCGGCCAGUACGCCGUCUUCGGCUUCUAUGUCAUCAGCGGCUACCUGAUGACGCUGGUCACCACCGAGCGUUACGGGCACACCGUGAGGGGCGGGGCCGCCUUCUUGACGAACCGCGCUCUGCGGAUCUACCCCGGCUACCUGGCCGCGGUCGCGGUCUCUCUCGCGUGCGUGCUGGUCGUCGGUGAUGGCUUCACCUCCGCUUACAACCGCAACAUGGGCGCGCCGGCGACUCUCGCCGGCUGGCUGUCGAACCUGUCGCUCGGCUUCCCCGGUUGGAACCCCAUGGAAGCGCGGCCACGGCUCGUGCCGCCGGCUUGGACGCUGACGGUCGAGAUGCUGUUCUACGCCGCGAUCGGGUGCGGACUCGCGACGACGCCGCGGCGCGUCGGCGUCUGGAUUGCCGGGUCGCUGGCCUACGUGCUCGCGACGUUCGCGCUGGGCCUGCCGAACGUGCACCGCUACGCACCGGUUGCGGCGGCGUCGCUCCCGUUCGCGAUCGGCGCGGCCGCGUACCACCUCUCGAUUGCCGACACGAUCCGCCUGCACGCUCACGCCGCGGCGUACGCCCGGCUCGCGUACUUCGUGUUGUUGUCGAACUGCGCUUUCUUCGCGCUAGGUGGCGCCGACUCGAUCGGCGUGGCGCGUGACGUCGGCUUGUACGUCAACACGGCGAUCUCGGGAAUCUUGGUGCUGUCGCUCGCCCGCGGCGGCCAAAUCGCGCCGAUCUCGGCCGGUCUCGACCGCGCCGUGGGCGACUACUCCUACCCGGUGUACCUGCUGCAUUGGCAGGGCGGCCUGAUCGCGUCGCUGCUGCUCUUCGGGUCGCCGGUACGCGGGUGGUCGCCUCAGGGCUUGAUCGGCUUCGUGGCGGCGGGCGUGAUCGUCGCCGUCGGCUCGUGGCUGAUGAUCAACGCCGUCGAGCGCCCGAUGCAGGGUCUGCGCGACCGCGUGCGCCGCCGUGCCCAGCCGAGGAGCGAAGAGCCUCGCGGCGAGGCGUUCAACCAGGGGGUCACGGUGGGUCGAUCACGAGGGAAGCGAGGAGCCCAACACCAGUUCGCGAGUAUCUUCGUGCGCGACGCGAAUCGGCCCGGGCCGUCGCGACGAUGGUUGCGUCAGCCGCAACACGGCCGUAACGUGCCGGGCGUCCCAGCACCCCACCAGCCGAAAGCCCGCGACAUGCACCCGGUCCUCAAUCGCGAACUGUUCCUCGUGAAGGAGAAGGUGGGCGCGUGGCGCGCCGCUAACCACUACGACAUCUACGACCCGGAGUCUGGCGAGCUGCUGCUGGAGUGCCGCGAGCCGCGACUAGGCCCGAUCACGAGCCUCCUCCGCUGGACCGACUACAAGACUUCCGCGCCGUUCGACAUCGACAUCCGGACGCCCUCGGGCGAGCCGAUCGUGAGCGUCCAGCGUGGCUGGGCCUGGCUGCGGUCGAACGUGUCGGUGCUCGACGGGCAGGACCGCCGCGUCGGCGGUUUCCAACAGAAGCUCUUCUCGAUCGGCGGCGCGUUCACCGUGGUCGACGAGGCCGACAAGCCCCUCUGCGAGCUGAAGGGGAAGUGGACGAGCUGGGAGUUCAGCUUCCGCGCGGGCGACGCGGAACUGGCGAAGGUCACCAAGAAGUGGGCCGGCCUCGGCAAGGAGAUGUUCACGUCCGCCGACAACUACAUGUUGCAGGUCAACCCGCAGGUGCCGCCCGACAGCGUCUUGCGGCAGCUGAUACUCGCGGCGGUAGUCUGCAUCGACAUGGUGCUGAAGGAGUGA